CGAUCACAGAUAACAGGUUGUUGCAAGAAUCCGAGACCUACAAAUUGAUCUUCAGCUCUAUUGGUGCACGAGGUUCACGCCUUUUGUACAUUGAGAAAAACAGGAGAUAUGAUGACCGAUGAUCACGAUGAAGAUUCCUCCUCGUCGUCUGCUGUGCUACGGGGUAAUCGUGAGACGCUUUUGCUCGUCGAAAAGGAUGAAUGCUCAUCCCCAACGAAGGUUGCUGAUUUUCCUCCAGGAAGCCGGCUGAGCGAAGCCGUGAGCGCCUUUCAGGCACGCGCUGGGCGCCUAGAUGCGCUUGCGGAGGGAGAGCAACAUAAGAUCGGACUAAAAGAACAACGCUCACCCGCACUCGCGAGCACCGCAACAGCGGAGUCUGGUAACGAUGCAGCAGACGAGCAGGAGGACGGAGGCCACGAUUCGUCGAGAAGCGAGGGAGACGACGAGCAGGCUGAUCCGAUACGAAAAGCACCAAAAUUUGACCUUCUUGACGACGCAGAAACAAGGAAUACUCAUGGUCCCUCAAUAGGUUCACCAGCAGAGGACGCUGUGGUUCGCACUAGUAUUUCUCCUAGUUCCACCACCAGUUUAGCAUGUCCUUCUACCUCCUCUGCUCCGCCUCCACGAAGACCGAAAAUUUCAGCGAAGCAUCUUAUGAGAGCGUCGCUGAAGCCGCCUUCUCCGUGUCCUGACCUUGAUCUUGAUAGCGAAGUAGAAGACGGCAGUUCGAACAGCGCUUCCGAUUCGGAAAAGGAGAGCGAUAUUGACGCGGCUGCUGUCGACGGCAAAACGCAUUACCAAGCUGGGAAUUGGGCAAAAGCGGCUGACUGCUGGGCGCGCACUCUGCGCUCUGUCGCAUACGUGAAUGGACGCGACGCGUUUAAAAACGCUCCAGAGAAACAAGAUGAAAUGGCCAUGAUUGAAGCUACGACACAUCUGAACCUUGCGCAGUGCUACCUGAAGCUUGAAGAGUUCACGAAGAGCGUGGAGGAGUGUGAUAAAGUGUUGAAGGCGAGAUUUCCAAAGUUCCUAGAAGUAGAUCUGGGUGCUGGAAAACCUUCUGCUCGAAGCGAUUCAAGAAAAAUAACGAGGACUCCCAACAUUUCGUCUUCGAGCAAGAAUUUGGCUUCGACCUCAACGGAAAGGUUACUCCCAAAGGACGAUCAAGAUGAGGAGGGUACUGAAAAUGCCGAUAGCAGCGGCAAGAAAGAGGACGAGGCAGAUGCACCCCCGGAUCCGCAGUUGGUGAAGGUUUUGUACCGCAAAGCAUUGGCGUUGAAAAGUCGUGGACGACUCUCGGACCUACACGCGGCUGCAAGUGUUUUGAACAAUCAAUUGAUCCCUUUGGACCCUAACAACUUGGCGGCGCGCACGCUUCGUGCCGAAGUUUUGCAAAGAAAGAAAAAGGCGGACAAGGAGGAAAAGGAAUUGUCGAAGAAGAUGCUGCUUUCUGCAGAAAUCGUCACAGACAAAGCCUCCAACGCCUCUUGGUGGGAAGCAACCAUGCGCGACGAAGAGACGGGCGAGCGCGUAAGCGGACUUCAACAACUCAGGAAAAACUGGGGAAAGUGCCAAAAGAGCUGCCACGGGGUGUGGGAGAAAUUGCGUUUCAUCUGGAUCCCGCGUCUACGGCAUUUACGAGAUGUUGAGUUAGUGUGGGAGUUCAACGAAACUUGUUGCAAGAAACGAAGAUAGGGGCAGCGAAAGAUAUUGAAGAAAGGGAUUGUUAUUGUAAGCGGCUUUCAAGUGGCAAUGUUAGCAUUGUUGAGGCAGUGUCUAGUCAAUGACCUAUCACUACAAUCAAUUUCAGCGCGACAUUGGGUGCCUUUCUGCUGCGUAGGUUUUGAAGACUUAAACUGAUGCUUAGUCGACCUUGAAGUGCAGGCCAAAUAUAAUGCUGGUGCAAGUGAUCUUACUGUGAAUGUAUCUUCAAAGAGAUGACUGACUCCGACACUCAGCAUGGUAUGAAUACAAAUAAUGAACAUCAUCAAUUUUGAUGACGGUACUUUGGAUUCUUGGAAAAUAAAUUUCUUCUCCUUUGUCGGAGCAAGAGGCAACUUGCAAAGUGUCUUCUGCAAGUCGUACUGGUAUUGUUCCCCGGGAACUCGAUGCGUUGAUGUUCUC